AUAGCAAGGGGAGGGGAGGAGGAGGCAAAGUGGUAGGAAUGUGAGUGCACUGAUGCAAGCUCAUCGUUCUGCAGAAUUGUUUUCUCCCCAGGUAACUAUUUUUUCCUUGUCUGAUGAAAAUCUCUUCAAAUAAACACGCUCCUUGGGUGAGGUCUGUCACCAACCACCAUGGUAUCCCAGGUGUUCCUCUUGGUUAUCAGGCCCAAACUUAUCUAGAGGCACUGGAAGAAGACAGACCUCCCCCAGGGAACCAGAUGGAUGUGGGCAUGGCUUCCGCGGUCUCUCUGACCCCAAUGCCCAGCUUUGUCAUUUGUCUGUGAGACAAAGGCCUCUUUUACUUGCUCAGUUCUCUGCCAGGUUUCCCACCCAUUCAAUCUGGAAUGUUCUGCUAGUGCUGCUUGUCCUUCCAAAGCCCUUGCCCACUCAGCUCCUGUUUACUCACACAUGAAUAUUUUUAAACCAGAGUGUUAUCUGUGACAGCUUCUGUCAGUGUUACCUGUUCACCCCCUCCCACCCUCUUAGGACAAGAUAAGGGGCUCCUAAGACUGGACCCACGUUCUUUCCUCAUAAGGCUGGGACAGAGGCCAGUGCCCUGUUACAGCCCUGAUGAAUCCAGAAAAUCAUAAAGAGGGAACAGAAGGGAGGACAAUACUGGGCUUUUGUCUCCAGCUCCACCCAGUGGGGAUGAAGAGCUCAAGGUGACAUGGGUCUCUCUGUGCUCUGAAACUUGAAAUGAUGAAAUACCUCAUCUACCAGGAGUUUGCGGUCUCAGAAGAGCUCUCUGGGCAGCUGGAGGGGUCGCGCUGCUCCUGCUGGGGCUGUGCCUCGGACCAGAGUGACUGCAGCCAUGUCUGGCCGUUCCGUGCCACAUGCCCACCCGGCCACCGCCGAGUACGAAUUUGCCAACCCCAGCCGCCUGGGUGAGCAGCGCUUUGGAGAAGGCCUCCUGCCAGAAGAGAUCCUGACCCCCACCCUCUACCAUGGCUACUACGUGCGUCCUCGGGUUGCCCGAGCUGGGGAGGGCAGCAGGGCAGGGGCAUCGGAGCUUAGGCUCAGUGAGGGCAAGUUCCAGGCAUUUCUGGAUGUGAGCCACUUUACCCCUGAUGAAGUGACUGUGAGGACUGUGGACAACCUGCUGGAGGUGUCGGCCCGGCACCCCCAGCGCCUGGACCGCCAUGGCUUCGUGUCCCGAGAGUUCUGCCGCACCUAUGUCCUGCCUGCUGACGUGGACCCCUGGAGGGUUCGAGCUGCUCUUUCCCAUGAUGGCAUCCUUAACUUGGAGGCCCCUCGGGGUGGCCGACAUUUGGACACAGAAGUCAAUGAGGUCUACAUCUCCCUGCUCCCUGCGCCUCCCGACCCAGAGGAAGAGGAGGAGGAGGAGGCAGCCAGAGUCGAGCCCUGACUGCCAAACACCCAGUACGCAGCAAACCCUUUUCUGCCUCCCUCCGUGAUUCGAGCAGUUGCCCACCACCCCGGAGGUAGCAGCAUCCUUGGGGGGAUGGGAAUGCUCAAGGUCCGCAAUGUAUGGUUUGGUCCCUGGGGACAUGUUAUAGCCUUUGGUUUAGUUCUGGGUGGAGCUGAAUAAACCCAAAUCUCAGGGCCGUG